AUGGCAACAAACGCAAACACAGAAUUUAACAAGCAGUAUACCGAUACGGACGAUAUUCCCCAAGGCGGUGAUACCGUUGACAAUUCAUAUACUAGUCGUCCGGAUCAGAAGCAGGUACCUGUCUUAAAAGAUGAGACUCCGGUUGAGCAACCAAACGACGCACGGAAUCCUGAUUCAGAUGAGGCUUUAGGCAAGCAUAUCUAUAUUCUGAGUCGACGUUUGUUAACAUCAAUUUUAGCGCAAGACGAAGCCGAAGCGAUCGACAAAGUUAACAUUGUCAAGGGGGGUCGUACUCGAGGAGCAACGAAGCCAGCAGGUACCUACCGAGAUCCAGAGGGCGAGGCAGACCUGCCUGCUAAUGACGGUACUUCUGCUGUGCGCUGA